AUGAAGAGUAAAAAUGCACCUCACAGCCAGGGUGAGUACGACGUCUACAGCACUUUCCAGAGCCACGAGCCAGAGUUCGACUAUCUCAAGAGUCUGGAGAUAGAGGAGAAGAUCAACAAGAUCAAAUGGCUCCCGCAGCAGAACGCGGCCCACUCGCUGCUGUCCACCAACGAUAAAACUAUCAAAUUAUGGAAGAUUACCGAACGAGAUAAAAGGCCAGAGGGCUAUAACCUGAAGGACGAAGAAGGGAAACUGAAGGACCUCUCCACAGUAACGUCGCUGCAGGUGCCCGUGCUGAAGCCCAUGGACCUGAUGGUGGAGGUGAGCCCACGCAGGAUCUUUGCCAAUGGCCACACCUACCACAUCAACUCCAUCUCCGUCAACAGCGACUGCGAGACGUACAUGUCGGCAGACGACCUGCGCAUCAACCUCUGGCACCUGGCCAUCACGGACAGGAGCUUCAACAUCGUGGACAUCAAGCCAGCCAACAUGGAGGACCUGACCGAGGUGAUCACCGCGUCCGAGUUCCACCCGCACCACUGCAACCUCUUCGUCUACAGCAGCAGCAAGGGCUCCCUGCGGCUCUGUGACAUGCGGGCAGCGGCCCUGUGCGACAAGCACUCCAAGCUCUUCGAAGAGCCCGAGGACCCCAGUAACCGCUCCUUCUUCUCGGAAAUCAUCUCCUCCGUGUCAGACGUGAAGUUCAGCCACAGCGGCCGGUACAUGCUCACCCGGGAUUACCUCACGGUCAAGGUCUGGGACCUGAACAUGGAGGCAAGGCCCAUAGAGACAUACCAGGUCCACGACUACCUUCGGAGCAAGCUCUGCUCCCUGUACGAGAACGACUGCAUUUUCGACAAGUUUGAAUGUGCCUGGAACGGGAGUGACAGCGUGAUCAUGACGGGGGCUUACAACAACUUCUUCCGCAUGUUUGACCGCAACACCAAGAGGGACGUGACCCUGGAGGCCUCGAGGGAGAGCAGCAAGCCCAGGGCCGUGCUCAAGCCGCGGCGCGUGUGCGUGGGCGGCAAGCGGCGGCGUGACGACAUCAGCGUGGACAGCCUGGACUUCACCAAGAAGAUCCUGCACACGGCCUGGCACCCGGCCGAGAACAUCAUCGCCAUCGCGGCCACCAACAACCUGUACAUCUUCCAGGACAAGGUGAACUCGGACAUGCACUAGGGAGCCGAAGCCGACAGCCAGCCUCGCGGGGGCUGCCCCAGUGCAGGAGUGGGCAGGAUGAGAGCGGUGGCAGAGACAGCCACAGAGGUGGCCGGUGGGGACGGGUGACGGGCUCGGCCCUCCGUCCUCCCUCGGCCAGCAGCGCCUCUGGUGGGAUCGUCUGCUCUCACAAAGGGAAAGGAGGACUCACAGCCACACAUCAUAACAUGGACGCGAUCGUCGAGUCCUACGUUCAGGGUUCAUGCCCGCACCUUCCGUUGCGGGCUGCGGUCGUCACUACAUCAUCGGGACUUUGGACGUGUCCCGGUUGAUUUUUCACUCCAGUGGGUCCUUUCAGGGGAGGCUGGAGCUGAUGGGGGCUGCUUCCCCCCACGUCUCCUGCCCAGAUCAGGGCUCGGGACAGACAGGCAUCCCUUUGGUUAUAAUGGAGCAGUGCGCCCCGUCUCCGGCCGUGGUCUCCCCUUUGGUUAUAAUGGAGCAGUGCGCCCCGUCUCGGGCCUGCUGUCUCCCCUUUGGUUAUAAUGGAGCAGUGCGCCCCGUC